AUGUAUUUCUUUAGACGUAAGAUCUAGUUAAAAGUAAAUCUCCGUUCCUCUCAUGAUUCAGGUUAAUCAGCGUCAUGUCCAGUGAAGUAUGUGGAAGUAACACGUAAAGUCGGAGUGACACAGAAACAUGCCUACAUUACCUUAUAUGGGAACAUUUGCUUUUCAUCGACUUCCAGGUUUAACGUUCAGUCUGUAAGUGGUUGCUGUGUCACGUUGCUAUGUGGUUACUAUUAUUUGCUGAUAUGUAACUGAAAGGAAUGUAACUUAGAACAAAUGACAUACCAGGCAAAUUCUACAGGAAACGGGCGGAGUUUAUUUUAAAGGUGCGCACUUAACUCCUUGUCGCUGCGCCUGAAAGAGUAGUUCGCAGGUGGCACUUGUACAUACUAGGAAAACGAUUUUUUUUUAUACGACGGAUUAAUUUUAAAUUACCUCCCACACUCGUAUUUUCAAAGGCAUGGAAGCACACUGGUGUAGCAUGGGAGGACAGUGAAUGAUCAUAAAGUAAGGAGGACACUAAGAACAAAAGAUCAGCAUGUCGGUCUUCAGACUGGAGAAUGUGGAAGAUUUCUAUGAAAUUGGUAAAGUGAUUGGCAGUGGAAACUUUGGGCAGGUUCGGGAUGUGCGAGACCGGUCCUCUGGGACUCACUGGGCGGGAAAAUUUCUGAAGGUGAAAAAUGACAGUGGCCCAGGGCUGGACAGGAGGAGGGUGGAAGAGGAAGUGGGAAUUCUACAGGCCCUGCAGCAUGAGAAUAUCAUGGCCUUGUGGGAUGUGUUUGAGGGAGCAGGAGAGCUGGUGCUCAUCAUGGAGCUAAUUACUGGGGGAGAGCUAUUUGACUUUAUAGCUGAGAAGGAGCAUCUUUUGGAAAGUGAGGCCAUCGUAUUCAUCAAGCAAAUCCUACAGGGAGUCAAGUACAUGCACAGCAAGCAGAUCGUGCACUUUGAUCUCAAGCCUGAAAACAUCAUGUUAUCAGACAAAAAGGUACCUUUCCCCCAAAUCAAGAUAAUCGAUUUUGGGCUUGCUCAGUACCUUACACCAGGAGUGGGGUACAGGAGCAGUUGUGGUACACCUCAGUACAUUGCACCAGAGGUGAUUCGCUAUGAGCCCUUGAGUUCAGCAACAGACAUGUGGAGUAUUGGUGUUAUAACCUACAUACUGCUGAGUGGUAUGUCCCCCUUCCAAGGAGAUACAGAUGAGGAGACAUUAAAGAACAUUGUAACAAUGAACUAUGAAAUUGAGGACAGAUAUUUUCCAGACACCAGUGAAAAUGCUAAGGAAUUUAUCAAGAAUCUGCUGGUGAAUGAUCAGAGUGGGAGGAUGACUACUGAAGAGUGUCUUCAACACCCCUGGAUCAAGCCUCUCUCAAGGGCACAGCAAAAAAUAAGAAAACGUUCUUCCAUCAACAUGAAGAACUUCAAGAAAUUCAAUGCCAAGAGGAAGUGGAAGCUGUCCUAUAACAUGGUGUUGAUAUGUUACCGCCUAAACCAGCUACAUUCUUUACGCCAGAAGGCAGCUCAGGGAUACUGGGAGCAGAAAGCAGACAGUGACCAGGAGGAGGCACUGGCCAAGCCAGUUUCCCUGAAUCUCCAAAGAUGCAACAGCAGAUAAUCAUGGGGACUGAGAGAUUGCGAGAAGACUGCUGUCCUCCUUGGAUGGGUGUGGCAUGUACCAAAAUGAAGUGACUGUACUUUGUGUUUAAGUAGCAGGAAACCAGCUUUUCUGGUGUUUCAUAUCAGCCACAUUCUCUGCACAGUUUACAGAAUGUAUUAGACUAGUUUACUCCCAAAUGUCUUCAGCGUGAUCAGUGAUAUGUGGCUAAUGAGUUAUUGGCAAUUUCAGGAUGUAUGGCAUUGUGAGAGGUUGGAUAAACGUGAGUAUUGUAGUUUAGCAUGCCUUAUGUAAUAUACAUUAUGACAUAAUUGUUGUAACAUAAUUGUUAGUAUUGUGACACAUUAAGAAUGCCAUAAUCUAUUUUAAUAAUUCUGUUCUUUCUGCCCUUUAUUUAUUUAAAAUAAAAUGUGUGCAAAUGUA